AUGUCGGAAUCCAAAGCUUCCACGGCCCCCGACGAGAGGGUAUGGUAUGACCAAUUCACAAGUACUGACUGGGUGCACGAUGCCAUCGCGGAUUCUCAUCGCGUCAAAGCCUUGAGAAGCCGAAGGGACUUUUGGGGCCGAGUCCGUGUUGCGCUCGAUGGCUGCCAGGGCUGGAUUCUCAGCGCCGUAUGUGGGCUUGUCGUCGCCAUUAUUGCUUAUGCCAUUGACGUGGCCGAAGUCACCAUCUUCGACUUCAAGGAUGGCUACUGCUCAAGAGCGUGGUACUUGAACGAAAAAAAGUGUUGCCGGCGAGGUCCAUGCGAUGACUGGAGAAGCUGGUCACAAGCCUUCAACUAUCACCCACUAGGCGAGAAGUGGACCGAUUUCAUGAUAUACCUGACUUGCGUCAUUGGCCUAGCGCUCCUCUCGUGUUGGAUUGCGCUUGGGACAAAGACCGUCGUUCCGUCGGCAUAUCAACUUACGACCCUGGACGAAAAUCUAGGUGCUGUUCCUCAGGUAGCGGGCCAGCUCGUCGACGGAAACACGACAGAUGACAGUGUAAGCCCUCGUCAACAAGAAGAGCUUCAGCAAACGAGCGCUCCCAUGAUCUAUUACUCUGCCGCUGGCAGUGGAGUUGCUGAAGUUCGUGUGAUCCUCAGUGGAUUUGUCCUGCACGGCUUCUUGGGUUUCCAGACCCUGCUUAUCAAGUCGGUUGCGCUCGUCUUGAGUGUCGCGUCUGGCCUCAGCCUGGGAAAGGAAGGGCCAUACGUCCAUAUUGCUGCUUGCGUCGGCAACAUUGCCUGUCGAUUGUUUGCCAAAUAUGACCGAAACGAUGCCAAGCGCCGAGAGGUACUCUCCGCAGCAGCAGCAGCAGGGGUUGCAGUUGCUUUUGGUGCUCCUCUGGGCGGCGUGUUGUUCGGACUGGAAGAGGUGGCCUAUUUCUUCCCUGCCAAAACUCUGUUUCGGACCUUUUUUUGCUGCAUUAUUGCGGCUUUGUCGUUGAAGUUCCUGAAUCCAUAUGGAACGCACAAGAUCGUCAUGUUUCAAGUCCGCUAUCUCACGGACUGGGCGUACUUUGAGCUGGUUAGCUUUGUUUUUGUUGGCAUUCUUGGCGGUGCUCUUGGUGCGCUGUUCAUCAAAGCCUCGAAAUACUGGGCCCAAACCUUCCGUCGUCUUCCAGCCAUAAAAUCAUAUCCCUUGCUGGAAGUCUUCUUAGUGGCCCUUGUCACUGGCCUGAUGAGUUAUUGGAACGCCUUGGUAAAGCAGCCAGUUGCAAAACUACUGUUGAACCUGGCAUCUCCAUGCGAUGGCAAUGACGACAAUGCAGAUGAGCUCGGCCUGUGUCCCGGCUCGGUGAACGAUAUUCCUCCCAUUCUUCUUACACUUGUCGUUGCCUUCCUCAUCAAAGGAUUUCUCACCAUAAUAACUUUUGGUAUCAAAGUACCAGCGGGAAUCUAUAUUCCAUCCAUGGUUGUCGGCGGCUUGAUGGGGCGAAUCGUGGGACACCUUGUGCAGUGGUUCGUCCUCUCAGUUCCGAAGUGGUCCAUCUUUGGUGAUUGCGCAACGGCUGCGGACGGGUCGUGCAUCCAACCAGGUGUUUAUGGCCUCAUGGCAGCCGGGGCUACCAUGUGUGGUGUGACGAGACUUUCAGUGACUCUGGCAGUCAUCUUGUUCGAACUCACUGGCAGUUUAGACUACGUCCUCCCAUUUUCACUGACCAUCUUGGUUGCCAAAUGGACAGCUGAUGCCAUCGAACCCAGCAGUAUCUAUGACCUCUUGACAAGCAUGAACGCGUAUCCGUUCUUGGACAACAAGCACAAGCCAGUCUUCACCAGCGACUUGGCGGAUAUCGUCAGCCGACCUCGUCGGGAGAGAGUCAUUGACAUCACCAACUCGCCACUGGUGUCGGCCGUGAGUCUUCGGUCCAAGCUUGAGCUUCUUCAUCGGGCUGGCGAGCUUGAUGGUGGGCUUCCCAUCAUCCGACAUGACGUCUUGGUGGGACUCAUCCCGGCUCCAGAUCUGGAAUAUGCCUUGGAUCAGCUCAAAGAUGAGCAGACAAGCCUGUGCUUGAUGGAUAGGGUGCCAAGCAUCGACGAGGAUGACGAAGAUGGCCUGGACCCUACCGACUUCACGCAAUACAUCGACCCGGCUCCGGUUGCUUUGGAUAUCCGAUCACCGAUGGACCUGGUGUACGAGUGCUUUGCGAAGCUAGGCCUGCGAUAUAUUUGCGCUCUGAAAGAUGGCAAAUAUAGGGGCAUGAUUCACAAGAAGACUUUUGUGAGGCAUAUGCGACAGCUUGAAGAGGAGGAAAGGUAG